CAGAGGAACAGGGCAAACUCUUGACUUCCGGCGGCAUUUUGAGGCGAUCCUCCCAGCGGCCUGAUAGUGUUUUCCUUGUCUUUUCUUACUCUCCAGUCUCUCUUCGUUCCUUUUUUUCCUACGUCCCAGGCUCGCUUGACCCUGGCGAAGCGGCGGACGGGUUCCGCUCCCUAGCCAUCCCGGAGUCCCCCGGUAGCCGAGGACCGGUUCCCGGGAGCCGCGCGCGCACCUCCUUCUCGCUGUCGUCUUCCCGGGGCCAGGCGCGGGGACUGAGAGUCGCCUCCCCCGCUCCUUGGAGCGGCGGCGGCGGUGCCACCUCCGGACUGCGCUUGCGAAAGGAGCUCGGCGAGGAGUAGUACAAAAUGUCAAAAAUUAGAAGGAAGGUCACAGUGGAAAAUACCAAGACCAUAUCUGAUAGCACAUCCCGAAGACCCAGUGUAUUUGAGAGGCUUGGACCCAGCACUGGCAGUACAGCAGAGACACAGUGCCGUAACUGGCUGAAGACUGGCAACUGCCUCUAUGGAAACACAUGUAGAUUCGUACAUGGCCCUUCACCCCGUGGUAAAGGUUAUAGCAGCAAUUAUAGAAGGUCACCAGAAAGACCUACAGGGGAUCUUAGAGAAAGAAUGAAGAACAAGCGCCAAGAUGUGGACACUGAGUCCCAGAAACGAAAUACAGAGGAGUCAUCCUCACCUGUUAGGAAAGAAUCUUCAAGAGGGAGACAUAGGGAAAAGGAAGACAUAAAAAUCACUAAGGAGAGAACUCCAGAAAGUGAAGAAGAAAAUGUAGAAUGGGAAACUAAUAGAGAUGAUUCUGACAAUGGAGAUAUUAAUUAUGAUUAUGUUCAUGAGUUGUCAUUGGAAAUGAAGCGUCAAAAGAUACAGAGGGAAUUAAUGAAGCUGGAACAAGAAAACAUGGAGAAAAGAGAAGAAAUUAUUAUUAAAAAGGAGGUUUCACCAGAAGUGGUUAGAUCAAAGUUAUCUCCAUCACCUUCUCUAAGAAAGUCUAGCAAAUCUCCAAAGCGAAAAUCAAGCCCUAAGUCGUCAUCUUCAACUAGCAAGAAAGACAGGAAGACAACUGCAGUAUCUUCUCCCUUGCUGGACCAGCAGAGGAAUUCAAAAAGCAGCCAAAGUAAGAAGAAAGGACCUCGUACUCCUAGCCCACCCCCUCCUAUACAGGAAGAUAUUGCUCUGGGGAAAAAAUAUAAAGAAAAAUAUAAAGUAAAAGACAGGAUAGAAGAAAAACCAAGAGAUGGAAAGGACAGAGGACGAGAUUUUGAAAGACAAAGAGAAAAAAGAGACAAGCCAAGGUCCACUUCCCCAGCAGGACAGCAUCAUUCUCCUAUAUCUUCUAGACAUCACUCAUCUUCCUCACAAUCAGGAUCAUCUAUUCAAAGACAUUCUCCUUCUCCUCGCCGAAAAAGAACUCCUUCACCAUCUUAUCAGAGGACAGUAACUCCACCUUUACGCCGCUCUGCUUCUCCCUAUCCUUCACACUCUCUGUCUUCUCCUCAGAGAAAGCAAAGUCCCCCACGACAUCGGUCUCCAAUGAGAGAAAAAGGGAGGCAUGAUCAUGAACGAACUUCACAGUCUCAUGAUCGGCGUCAUGAAAGGAGGGAAGAGACUAGAGGAAAAAGGGAUAGAGAAAAGGACACAAGAGAAGAACGAGAGUAUGAACAGGAUCAGAGCUCUUCUAGAGACCACAGAGAUGACAGAGAACCUCGAGAUGGUCGGGAUCGGAGAGAUGCCAGAGAUACUAGAGACCGAAGGGAACUAAGAGACUCCAGAGACAUUCGGGACUCCAGGGAGAUGCGAGAUUACAGCAGAGAUAACAAAGAGAGCCGCGAUCCCAGAGAUUCUCGGUCUACUCGUGAUGCCCACGACUACAGGGACCGUGAAAGUCGAGAUGCUCAUCGAAAGGAGGACGCAUAUCAGGAAGAAUCCCGAAGUUAUGGCAGAAACCAUUUGAGAGAAGAAAGUUCUCGCACUGAAAUAAGAAAUGAGUCCAGAACUGAGUCUCGAAGUGAAAUUAGGAAUGAUCGGAUGGGCAGAAGUAGGGGAAGAGGUCCAGAGUUACCUGAAAAGGGAAGUCGAGGCACAAGAGGUUCUCAAAUUGAUAGUCACAGUAGUACUAGCAACUAUCAUGACAGCUGGGAAACUCGAAGUAGCUAUCCUGAAAGAGACAGAUAUCCUGAAAGAGACAACAGAGAUCAAGCAAGAGAUUCUUCCUUUGAGAGAAGACAUGGAGAGAGAGACCGUCGUGACAACAGAGAGAGAGCUCCUAUCUUCUACACCUCCUGCUGCCCCUAUCCUUUGCCACCAGUGUUCUCAGGUCCUGCUGGGGGGACAGAGAAGAUCAGAGAUCAAAGACCAAGCUCACCAAUUCGACAUCAGGGAAGGAAUGACGAGCUUGAGCGUGAUGAAAGAAGAGAGGAACGAAGAGUAGACAGAACGGAUGAUAGAAGAGACGACAGGACUAGGGAAAGAGAUCGGGAAAGAGAGCGGGAGCGGGAGAGAGAGAGGGAACGGGAGAGGGAUCGGGAGAGAGAGAAAGAAAGAGAACUAGAAAGAGAGCGUGCUAGGGAACGGGAGAGGGAGAGAGAGAGAGAGAAAGAGAGAGACCGGGAAAGAGAGAGAGAUCGGGACCAUGAUCGAGAGAGGGAAAGGGAGAGGGAGCGAGACAGGGAAAAAGAGCGGGAGCGGGAGAGAGAAGAAAGGGAGAGGGAGAGAGAGCGGGAGAGGGAGAGAGAGCGAGAGCGAGAACAACGAGAAAGAGCGAGAGAGAGGGAGAAAGAACGAGAACGCCAGAGGGAGUGGGAAGACAAAGACAAAGGACGAGAGGACCGCAGAGAAAAGCGGGAAGAUAUCCGAGAAGACAGGAAUCCAAGAGAUGGACACGAGGAGAGAAAAUCAAAGAAGCGCUAUAGAAAUGAAGGGAGUCCUAGCCCUCGUCAAUCACCUAAGCGCCGGCGAGAACAUUCUCCUGACAGUGACGCCUACAACAGUGGAGAUGAUAAAAAUGAAAAACACAGGCUCUUGAGCCAGGUUGUUCGACCUCAAGAAUCUCGUUCUCUUAGUCCAUCCCACCUUACAGAAGACAGACAGGGUAGGUGGAAAGAGGAAGAUCGUAAACCAGAAAGAAAAGAAAGUUCAAGGCGCUAUGAAGAGCAGGAGUUCAAAGAGAAAGUUUCUUCUGUAGAUAAGCAGAGAGAACAGACUGAAAUCAUGGAGAGCUCAAGAACUCGUUCACAAGACAUGAUAGGACACCACCCAUCUGAAGAUCGAGACACAUCUGAUCGAGCUCAUGAUGAAAACAAGAAAAAAGCAAAAAUUCAAAAGAAACCUAUUAAGAAAAAGAAAGAAGAUGAUGUUGGAAUGGACAGGGGUAACACAGAGACAAUGUCUGAAGAUGGUCAAGUAUUUUCACCAAAAAAAGGACAGAAGAAGAAAAGCGUUGAAAAAAAGCGUAAAAGGUCCAAAGGUGAUUCUGACAUUUCUGAUGAAGAAGCAGUCCAGCAGAGUAAGAAGAAGAGAGGCCCACGGACUCCCCCUAUCACAACCAAGGAGGAAUUGGUUGAAAUGCCCAGUGAUAAGGAUGGCACUAUGGAGGAUCCUCAGAAGAAAGAAGAUACAGCGUUCAGUGACUGGUCUGAUGAGGACGUGCCUGACCGCGCAGAGGUGACAGAACCAGAGCAUGCUGCCACAGCUGCUACUCCUGGCAGGACUCCUUCCCCGUCUUCUCUUCCUCCUCCUCCUCCUCCUCUUGCCACGACGACGACUCCUGCUGCCACCAGCUUCAACACACUGACCACCACCAUUUCCACCUCUUCCACCCCAGCCAACACCACCAACACUUUUACCAAUGAAGACUCACAUAGAAAAUGCCACAGAACACGAGUGGAAAAGGUAGAGGCGCCUCAUGUUACUAUAGAGGAUGCACCACAUCGCAAGCCAGUGGAUCAAAAGAGGAGUAGCAGCCUUGGCAGCAAUCGGAGUAAUCGUAGUCAUACAUCUGGCCGUCUCCGCUCCCCGUCCAAUGAUUCUGCACAUCGAAGUGGGGAUGACCAAAGUGGUCGAAAGAGAGUACUGCAUAGUGGCUCAAGAGACAGAGAAAAAACAAAAAGUCUAGAAAUCACAGGAGAGAGAAAAUCUCGGAUUGAUCAGCUAAAGCGUGGAGAACCCAGUCGAAGUACUUCUUCAGAUCGCCAGGAUUCAAGAAGCCAUAGUUCAAGAAGAAGUUCUCCUGAGUCAGAUCGACAGGUCCAUUCAAGAUCAGGGUCAUUUGAUAGCAGAGAUAGGCUUCAAGAGCGUGAUCGUUAUGAUCAUGAGAGAGAGCGGGAGAGAGAGAGGAGAGAUGCACGGCAGAGAGAAUGGGAGCGAGAUGCCGAUAAAGAUUGGCCCCGGAACAGGGACCGAGAUCGACUACGGGAACGGGAGAGAGAACGAGACAAAAGGAGAGACUUGGACAGGGAAAGGGAGAGGUUAAUCUCUGAUUCCAUGGAAAGGGACAGGGACAGGGACAGAGACAGAAGCUUUGAGAGUCCUCAAAUAGAGUCCGUAAAACGCAGUGAAGCAAAACUGGAGAGUGAACAUGAAAGAGACCUAGAAGGCACUUCCCGGGACUCUUUAGCUUUGGAUAAAGAAAGAAUGGAUAAAGAUCUAGGAUCUCUGCAGGGAUUUGAAGAUACAAAUAAAGCUGAGAGAACAGAGAGUAUGGAAGCAGGAGAUGACGAAUCCAAGUUAGAUGAUGUGCAUUCGUUAGGAUCUGGUGCUGGAGAAGGAUAUGAGCCAAUUAGUGAUGAUGAACUAGAUGAAAUUCUGGCAGGUGAUGCUGAAAAGAGGGAGGACCAACAGGAUGAGGAGAAGAUGCCAGAUCCAUUAGAUGUGAUAGAUGUGGACUGGUCUGGUCUUAUGCCAAAGCAUCCAAAAGAACCACGAGAGCCUGGGGCUGCACUCUUAAAAUUCACGCCUGGAGCCGUCAUGCUGAGAAUUGGGAUCUCUAAAAAGUUGGCUGGUUCUGAACUCUUUACUAAAGUCAGAGAAACAUGUCAGAGACUUUUAGAAAAACCCAAAGAUGCAGAAAAUCUUUUUGAACAUGAAUUGGGGGCUCUCAACAUGGCUGCAUUACUACGAAAAGAGGAAAGAGCAAGUCUUCUUAGUAAUCUUGGACCAUGCUGUAAAGCAUUAUGCUUCAGGCGGGAUUCUGCAAUCCGAAAGCAGCUUGUUAAAAAUGAGAAGGGCACCGUAAAACAAGCUUAUACAAAUGCUCCAGUGGUAGACAAUGAACUCUUACGGCUGAGUCUUCGAUUAUUUAAGCGGAAGACUACUUGCCAUGCCUCAGGACCUGAAAAGACUGAAGAUAAUAAACUCUCACAGUCCAGUAUCCAACAGGAACUGUGUGUGUCUUAAGAGUGAAGUCCAGGCACAUUUUCGGUACUAUUUCCCUUCAUCAGUGCAUAUUCUUUUUCAAAGUUCUUUGGUUUGACUGACAAGUGUUAUUAGUGACAAAGUCAGAAAAGACAGCAGCCAUGCUAAAAGAGUGACAAACUUUAAGUAAGUUAAAGACACUAGUUUGGCUAACAAGAUUUUACAAAAAUUUUUACACAGUACUUGAUUGAUUGAUGAUUGAUUGAUACUCAUGCAAAAUAAUGUGAACGCAUCUAGAUUUAGUAGUUUAUUCUGUACCUUUUGUUAAAACAGAAGACUAUGAAAACGGUCGUCCUGCUCUUCCAGGCUACACAGAUUUUUUAAUGAAAUGGAGCCACUGAUUUAUGUACUGGAUCAUCCUUAUAGAAACUGCGAUUUUCUCCAGAAACAAACAGUGUGUUCACCCAAUGAACACACGUGCCAUGCACUGCUGUGCUGCACAGGACACAGAAAGGGGGGCUGGGCCUGCGUGCUGUGUGGAGGCAGGAGCAAGCCACAAUCCUGUUCUCCUUUCUAAAACUGUAACAAAACUACUUAAUGGCUCUUUGGUUUUUUUAAUAUAUGUGCAUUGUUACAAUGUAUAUUGGAUAUAUUUCGAGUCUGAAUGGUUUUGUUUGUUAUCAGAGACUGUUGACUAUUUUUAUUUUUAAUAAAUGUACCUUCCCUUUUCUUGUUGUA